CCCAAUUCACCAAUACGCAAUUACAUUCUUCUUCUUCAUCUUCUUCUUCUUCUUCUUCUUCAGCUUCCAAAAUAUGCCGUUUAUUGAGGUUAACAGCAGCACUGCAGGUUCGGAGAAUGCAAGCAUCAACUCAUCAAUCAAUCUUUUCUACAGAACUUAUGGACGCGGAUCAACUAAGGUCCUUCUUAUCAUAGGAUUGGCCGGAACCCACGACUCGUGGUGCCCCCAAAUCAAAGGCCUUUGCGGGACCGAUGUGCCCAAUGAUGACGCCGAUCGGGACGUCACCGGUGGCCGGAAUGCGGCCGACGCCAGCCAAGAAUCCAACUCCGGGGAUGGGGGUGGGAUCGAGGUUUGUGCAUUUGAUAACCGGGGCAUGGGUCGGAGCUCCGUCCCCACCAAGAAAUCUGAAUAUACAACAAAGAUAAUGGCCAAGGAUGCCAUUGCCUUAUUGGAUCAUUUGGGGUGGGAAAAAGCUCAUGUUUUUGGUCAUUCCAUGGGAGGUAUGAUAGCUUGCAAAUUAGCAGCUAUGGCGCCAGAAAGAGUCAAGUCAUUGGCCAUGCUCAAUGUAACUGGUGGAGGUUUUCAAUGUUGCCCCAAGCUUGACAGGCAAACAUUCGACAUUGCAGUCAGAUUCUUAAAGGCCAAGACUCCGGAGCAAAGGGCUAGUGUUGAUUUGGAUACCCACUAUUCAAAGGAAUAUCUUGAGGAGUUUGUGGGAUUUGAAAAGAGAAGAGCAGUUUUAUAUCGGGAAUAUGUUAAAGGUAUAUCAUCAACAGGAAUGCAGUCUAAUUAUGGUUUUGUGGGUCAAGUCUAUGCAUGCUGGAUGCAUAAUGUGACAAGAAAAGAGAUCGAAUGCCUUCGCUCUGCUGGAAUUCUUGUAUCAGUCAUUCAUGGCAGGCACGAUGUAAUUGCUCAAAUAUUCUAUGCUAGACAACUUGCAGAAAGACUGUAUCCAGUUGCGAGAAUGGUAGAUCUUCACGGAGGUCAUCUAGUAAGUCGCGAGAGAACCAAAGAGGUAAACCAAGCUCUUCUUGACCUAAUCAGGGCCUCAGAAACAAAGAUGAAUCCACAUGACUGGACCAACUUGCCAAAGAAAAGCUCAUGGUGGAUGGAGGAGAGAAUGUCAUUAGUAACACUGAAGACUGAAGCAGGAAGCAGUGUCUCCUCCAAACCUUUCUUGUUGGAGAGACUACAUCUUUGCUUUUUGUAUCUCCUUGGUCUGAUUCUAAUGGCGUUCGAGUAUCUCCGAAACGCCUUCAAGAGCUUGAAAUCAGUCCGAGUCGGAGCCUCCAUUUCAUGAACAAGCAUUCCAUUCCAAGGACUCUAAAUUUUUACAGGGUCUGUCUGUUCAUUUUUUCUUGUGAUGGGAAAUAACCAAAUUAUCAAAGUGAAGUUGGGGAAUGAGUUUUCUUACAAUACUGAGGACUUCUUAGAUAAACACAAGGGAGAGAAGCCAACGAAAGGCCAAUCUUAAAGGUUGGUGAUCCCUCCCCUCUUGUAAUCUGUAUCUAACACACCUGCUACUGUUAACUACUUACCCUUUUGUAUAAUUUAUAAAAAUCUUCAUUUUAUACAUUAAUUGCAUAUUGUUCUCAGUUUAAAGUCGUGUUGUAUUCUAAUCGCUCCAUGAACUUUUAAAGUUGUGUCUAUCAGGUUUUGUACAAAGUUUGUAAUUGAUCCAUCAACUUUCAAUUUUAUGUCAACAACUCACUAGGUUAAAUUUGUUA